CACCAUGAAGGCUCCGACGGCUCUCCAGCGCGGCAUGGCUUGUCUAUGCUGCCGCAAGCGCAAGAUGAAAUGUGACGGCGCGCGCCCUAUCUGCACGCAAUGUAGCAAGGCCAGCAGAGCUGACGAAUGUCAGUACUACGAGAAGAAGCGCACCAGUCGCACCCAACUUCUCCAGGCCAAGAUAACCAAGCUCGAGGCACGUCUCCGCGAACUUGAGGCCGAGCAGUCAGCACCGGAGUCAUCGUCGAGCUCCGGCUCGCAAUCACCUCAGUUGGACCGAUUGUCUGUCCCCCUUUCUCAACACGACGAGUUUACUCAGGGCUUCGACCCUACCUCUAUCUUCAAUAAUACUCCCGGCUUAGAGUACCUAGGCAACAGCGAUGCGUUCCCACACUUUGACGAGGAGUUCUUCCCGAAUAUCUCGGCCUUCGGAGGCCUGCCCUGGACUGGCGAUGGCUUGGACUUCCAGUCUGUAGAUGACAUGCUGGCGCCAGAUUCGUCAGAGUCAAGCAAGAGUAGUCUACGCGAGUUUCCUUCUGGUCAUUCUAUGAACUGGUGGGAAAAUGACGUCUUCUGCGAGAACAAGCAAAUGCUGCUUGACAUAUUUUUCGCACAUCGACAUCAGUGUGCAUUUGACGUGCACAUCGGACGCUUCAGAGCCGCGCUACUGCUCCCAUCCGCUCAGCAACCACAUCCAUCCUUGGUCGACGCCAUUUACCUCCUCGCCUGCUAUUUCUCACGGUCGCCGUCACUCACCGAACUCGAGCCGCAUUUCCUCAAACGCUCCCUGCGUGGCAUCUCCGAAGCACUUCAGCUCUCUGACCGCAUCGUCCAUGUCCUCCAGGCCUCUUGUCUCCUCGCCGUCUACUUCUUCUGGCAUGGUCGCACUCUCGAAGGCUACUAUCACUCCUCCAUUGCCGCCCGAUUAGCUGUCGGUCUCGGUUUGCACCAGAUUUCGUCCAAGGAAAACUUCCGGUUCCAGAUGCAGCGGGCCAGCUACCAGGAUGCACCGGCGCCUUUAAAGGCUUCUGUCCCCCUCAGUCCGCCUUUGGACGAGGUCGAGUAUGCGGAGAGGAUAGCGGCGUUUUGGCAGAUCUUCGCGGUGGACCGCGCGUGGUCGGUUGCAACCGGCUUACCCACGGCGCUACCGGACGAUGACCACCCUCGGUCGCGGAUAACGACGAUAUGGCCGAUAGUGAUCCCCGACGACCCAGAGCCAUCCAUCGAAAAUAGCCUGAUGCAACCGUUCCCUGCCACACAUCUGUCAGGCUCGUCAGCUCUCCAGGCUCUACGUGUGAAGGCCAUCGCUCUUUAUGAGCGAACAGCGCGGUAUUCUGCUUCACCAGCCAAGGAUGACAGCCACUAUUCGCUCGAGAUGUCCCUUUCGCAAUUCUCCUCCAACCUCUCGAGCCUACAUGCCCAACAGUUCUCGAUGCCUUACAUGACCACUCCCGACUAUGUGACGUUGCAGAGUGGGGUCUACGCCUCCACAAUCCAUCUGCAUCGUGACGACCUGGAGAUCCAAACACAAUCAUAUCAGAAAUGCUGCUAUGCCGCAAGUUCGAUGAUAGCCUUGCUACAUCAGCUGGCAGAAAACGACUAUGAUGCGUUGUCUCCCAUGAUCAGCACAUGCUGGCGUGCUGCCGCCGAGGUAUAUCUUCGCGUGCUUGCUAUGCCGCGUCAGUCGCUGCCGACGACGGUCGACGUUCUCGAGCAGCAAAUCGAUACUCUCGUUGGAGCCAUGCAACGUUUGAGCUUACUCUUCCCCGUGGCUGGAAUCUAUGCAGCUAAGGUUCAAGAAGAUCGAGCCGCGGCCCGCCAAGCAUAUCUUUCCUCCGUUGUAUGAUCUCUCAUGUUCGCUUCUCGUUAUUUGCUCUCUUCUCCCCCUCGUUAUUUGCUUUGCGCUCCCAUACGGUUAUGUUCUAUUGUUCACGACUCUACUUAAGGAUGUAUCUUAUACCUGCGGUCGUCUGUCUGCCCCCUUGCCUUCUCCUUGCUUCUCAGGCUCUUUGUAUAGGUGCUUUGGCUCUUAGGUAUACCUGGACGGUCUGUCUCGCUUCUUCACUAGGAUCCUCGAGGACUCUUUCUCAGGGCGCAUGUUGUGUGUACCGGACGAACCCUGCUCCCUAUCGAAGACAUCGUUAAUUUGUCUCUUGCCUGUGCUUGUGAAUUGUAUCAAUUAGCUGUUUCGACCUCUACUAUACUCUCA